ACCCCUUGUCCGUUGUCUUCGUCGAACCUCUACUGUCCUCCCAGCUUCUCGAACUGCGAUCUCCUUGUCCCCAAGUGUGACAGCAAUCGAGCGAGCAUAGCCUCCAUCUCAACCUACCAACCAACUAAACCGCGACGGACACGGCCCUUAGCUUGUCUCCAACGCCAAUACCAGGAUCUGUCAGCAUGGCACUACCACCACCGCCGCCAACAACACAACCAACGCUCUGCACCAUCUGCCUCUCCCCACUAGGCAACUCCCACUCUUCCCGCCAGCCCCUCCCAGUCUUCCCCUGCAGCCACAUGCACUGCCUAGCCUGCCUCCGCCGCAACUUCGUCCUCAGCAUCACAUGCGCGACGCCGUUUCGCCCCGUCCAGUGCUGUCCCGGCCAGCGCCUCGCCACAUCCCUGCUGCGGCAGUGCCUCUCGCUCGGAUCGUCCGAGCUCUCCGCAUACCGGACGAGACUGGCCGAGUACGACGCCAAGGCGAAGCUAUAUUGCCACGACCCGAAGUGUGGGCGGUUUAUCCCCAUUGCGCUUAGGAGUCGGCGAGUUGGAAAAUGCAGACGCUGCUAUGGCAAAACGUGUGUCGAGUGCCGUGGGCGAGCACACUUCGGGCGAUGUCAAGACCAUCUAGAUGAGGUUGAGGAUGAGACCGGAGUGGCGAAGACUAGGAGACCGGUGAGCUGGGGGGAUGAAGUGCGUUUCAAAAAGACGGCGAGGGAGAUGGGUUGGAAGCAGUGCCCGGAGUGCGGGCGAUGGGUGGAAAAGACAUUGGGUUGCAACCAUAUCUCCUGCAUCUGCGGGUGCGACUUCUGCUAUCACUGCGGAAGAGCACACAAAGAUCACAAUCACUACUACUGCGCCUGAUAAACACACACCGGUUAGACAGUGCGUUCCUGCAGAAUUCGGGGUCGUUUGGGUCUUCUUACACUUAUUACACCUUGUAUUGUGGUUGACUCCUGCAUCAGUGGAUGAGGCGACUUCUCAA